GCACCGGGGCCUCCGCCAUGGCGACAGUGCUGUCCAGGGCGCUCAAGCUCCCGGGAAAGAAGAGUCCCGACCUGGGGGAGUAUGACCCCCUCACCCAGGCUGACAGUGAUGAGAGUGAGGAUGACCUUGUGCUUAACUUGCAGCAGAAGAAUGGAGGGGUCAAGAAUGGGAAGAGUCCUCUGGGAGAAGCUCCAGAACCCGACUCAGAUGCUGAGGUUGCAGACACUCCAAAGCCACAUCUUUCAGAAGUCACCACAGAGGGGUUUCCCUCGGAACCCCUCGGGGGCCUGGAGCAGAAGGCCACCUCCCCCCUGGUGUCAUACGUGCGCACAUCUGUCUUCCUGCUGACGCUGGGUAUCUCCAUGGUCUUGGUGCUCCUGUGUGCUUUCCUGAUCCCCUGUCCCCCUAGAGACCUGCACAGCACAUGGAGCCGCCCCUUGGGCUUUCAGAGAGGUGGGGACCUGUCUCCACUGGAACUGGCUGAUGUGAAUGGAGACGGCCUGAGGGAUGUGCUUCUCUCCUUUAUGACACCAAGGAAUGGGAGUGCAGGAGGUGGCUCAGGACCAAAUGCUAAUCUUGUGUGCCUUUCGGGGAUGAAUGGCAGCACACUGUGGUCUACUCCCCUCCCAGAGGAGGCCCAACAUAUCAUGUGUUUGGAUCUGAUACCAGGAAGUGUGGCUGAACCCAUCUGCCUUGUGACAGGGACACGCAAGAUGCUCAGUGCAUUCAAUGCGACAUCAGGGAAAGCCAUCUGGACCUUAAACCCAAGUCACCUGUCCAACGGUACCUUGGCUGCCCCAGUCGUGGUGCUGCCAGACUUGGAUGAGGAUGGCAUCCAAGAUCUUGUGGUUCUGGCCAUUGGGGAAACACAGCCAGAUCUGUGCUUUCUGCUGGUGUCUGGCCGCACAGGAAGUCCAGUGGGCCGACCCGUGAAGUACAACAUUGUGGGAGUGGGGAAUCUGAUUGGUCCUCAGGCAUACAUCACUGCCAGUGGGGCUGUCUACAUCCUGUUUGGCUUUGGAAAUAUCCAAGCUGUUGCCCUGCGGGACAUUUUUGUCCAGGCCCAAAAUCGAGACAGUUCACCACCCUCUCUGCAGAUAGAAGAGCCGGAAUGGGAGAGGCGACGGUCUGUCAACUUGUCUGAGCUCACUGGCAUUUACAGUGAUGGCGUUGAGCAACUCCAGCUGGUGAAGUCCCCUGAUUCCAACUGCAGCAACCUCCUGAUCACAACCAGACAAGGCCUGGUCCUGCUUCGGGGGCAAAAUCUUAGUCCUUACUGGACACUGAGGCUUCAGGGCCUGCGCAGCCAGCCUACUCCUGGGUACUUCACUGAGGACCAGACUUUAGACUUCCUUCUGCAGAUUCAGGAUGGAGUUGGAAUGAAAAAGAUGAUGGUGGUAGAUGGCAGCUCUGGCUCUAUCACUUGGAGUUACAGUGCUCCAUGUCACAUGAAGGAAACACCAACCACCUCAGCAGUUACUUCAGACCAGAAGUCCGUCUUCCUCUUCUGGGCAGAAAGGCUGUCAACCACAUCUCCCAGUUCGGAUGUUACGCCAGGAGCUGAGCCCCCCAGCCUUCACCACCUUUACCUCCUGCAUCCAGCCUUCCCCUCCAUCCUCCUGGACCUGGCGAACACCACAGGCACAGUGACAGCAUCAGAGGUUGGGAUCAACGACCUGUGGAAAGAUGCCUUUUAUGUCACCAGGUCAACAGGGCCCAGCGAUGAUGGGCAUCGCAUACCCCUGGUAGUCAGCAAGCUCAGUCUGCGGUGGGCACUGAUGGAGGGUCAAAUGGUCCAGCUGAAGGAAACCACCCCCACAAUUGGCCGUGGGGAGCUGCGAAGAUUCCUCUCUAGGAUAAAGUUUGUUGAUUCUCCCUACCAGAUGUAGUCUGAUGGAACCUUCAGUUUUAGAAGAAGCAAGCAGAACGGGUCCCUCUCUCCUGUCAGUGUAAAAUCAGUUCUUCAGAGAGAAGAUGACUUCAGUCUCAUUUUGUACCUCCAUGUGAAGGCUUGUGGGAGCUUUGAUCACAGCUUGCUCUCCUUGGCUGGGAUAACUCUCUACCUGUCCAACCCCUGCAUUUACCCCCUCUAGGAACUCUGUGUGGAUAGUUUGGAAAUGUGAAUCUUAUAGGUAUUUUAUUUUUUUGUAUGUCUAAUUUAUAAACUCUUUCUGGGAAGUCCAGUGAAACCUAUGACUAGGAAGUAAUUUGUUUUGUGUUAUAUCAUGUACGUGUCUCUUUUAGCUUGUGAAAUUAUUUUUCAGAUAUCUGAAGCUUCAGGGAUCCCAUUUCUUGACCACCUGAAAUAUACCUGGCUUGGUCAUCUUGCUUCUUCCAGACAGUCUACCUCGAUUUUGAGGGUCACUCAUCAUUGUCUCCUUGUUCUCAUGUGUACUGUGGCUACUUCCCAACUGUGGACAGUUGCUGUGGAAGACUGAGUCCUCUACUACCAUUUCAUCUCUUUCUUUUCUGGGCUUUCCCUCAGUAUUUAGUAAGUGGCCAUAAGAGCCAGCAUGUUCCUAUCACAGAGGAGCAAGGGAAAUAGUUUUGGUGACCCUUCUCUGACCAGGUCCAUGUGUCAUGUCUGUCGUAUGUAGCUCUGAUGGCUCUACAGCCAUGACCAGGGCCUUGCCCUAUUGCAUCUCCCUGCUUUCUCAGCACCUUGUCCUCUAGAGCAUCCUUCUCCCCUCCCCUUCCCUUGCCUUUUCUUUUAUUCAGGGAUAUGUUUUUGGACUUUUCUACUUGAGUCCGGUAUGCAACCAUUUUGUCCUGAAGCUCUUCUUUGUAGAGCCUUUGAAGCAUUGUAUUCUGAGGCAAUUCUUUUGUGAAUACUCUAGCUUUUAUAAUGAUUACAUUCUUUAGAAUUAUAUCUAAUACUUAUGCCCCCCUUCUUCUAUAUAAAUUUGAUACCUCUAUUGAGUUCAAAUCUUCUAAACUUCUAAGUUAUUGUCUACAUGGCAGAAAAAUCCGAUGGCAGCUGAAGGACAAAAGCUUUUCUUCUUGAGAAAUUUUCAUUUGUCUUCCUUGAGUGGAAAUCAGGUUUUCUCCUUACUUGAGCUUAUGUCUUUUUAGCUUGUAUUAAUAAAGGUAUUCUAGAAAA